GACGUCCGCUACUUUAGUGUUCCAGAACCAUCUCCCCGAUGCUGAUUUGAUCUGACCCGAUCUGGGGGACCGGCGGCGACCAAGGAUGCCGUGCUGCAGCUGGGUGCUCUCCAUCGUCGCCAGCAGCAGCGGCGGCGCCGGCACGCCGUCAUGGCUGCACCGCCUCCACGCCAAGGGCGGCCUCUCCUUCCCCAAAGACCUCCAGAUCGACGACCUCCUGUACGGCGGAUCCCGAUCCCCGGCUCAGCCCGCCGCCGCCGCCGCCGCUCCCCAUCCUCCUCCUGCCGCUCCUCUCCCGCCGCCGCCAACCCCCGCCGCCACCCCUCAGGCCCCGCCUCCCAAGCCCAACCCUACCCGCACCACCCCCACCCGCCCAAACCCUAGCGCCGCCACCAACACCGACAAGCCCGCUCUACCCCAGCAACCCCCCACGCCGCCGCCGCCGCCGCUCUCCGGCGUCGUCUCCGACAUCUUCGCCUUCGCCGUCCCCUCCGCCCCGCGAUCCACCCGCCUCCUCAAGCCCUUCCGCAAGCAGUCCCGGCCCCGCCCUUGCUCCGACGACGAGGGCGACGACAAGACCCCCCGCAGCAGCACCAAGGAAAACAAAAACAAGAAGGAAACCAAGACCAAGGGCAGGAAGCGCCGCCGCGCCGAGAGGGAUGCUGCCCUUGCCGCCGCUGCCAACGGCACCGUGGAGAGGAACUCCAAGACGGAUGUCACCGUCAUCGACAGCAGCACCGAGGGCUGGAAGGGCUCCAAGGUGCUGCACAUCCGGGGCUUAAGCUGGAAGGUCCAGAACAAGAAGGUCUCCUUGGUCACUGAACCCGAGACCCUCGCCAAGGGCAAGAGGAGGGCCGGCCUUGUCGCCAAGAUCACGCGAGACAGGGAGAAGGAGAGAAAAGCUGCUGCUUCGCAAGGAAACAUCGCUAUCAGUGGAGAUCUGGUGAAGGAACCAGAUGGUGCCACUGAAAUGCUGAAAAGACCAAGAAGCUCUGAACCAGCACCAGGAGGCCGAACUGCAGCUGCAUUUCUGUUACCAAGUACAAGUACCUUAAGUCAGCCCUGAAGGUGGCUUUGAAAGGGAAAUGAAGGCAUGAAGCAAGGAAUCACAUAAUGACGCUAUUUUCAUUACUUUGGGAUUAACAAACCCAGCAAACUCAUUAAGUUUAUGCUAUCCUCUUCAUCUGUUGAUGUCUUCAUUGGUCCCUAUUCGAUAAUUAUGAUUCCUGUUAGGCUAUUAUCCAUGGUAUCUGAAGCUGGAACCUGCAAUAAUUCCAUGUUCCGAGAUGAACUUUCGCAAUGUCGUCUAAAUGCUGGUGUUAGGUAAUGUUGCAUUAGGUUUGGGUUUGGUCCAUUUGAUGGGUGGUGUAGAUGAUGUUUAUACCGGUAACUUGGUUAUUGACUUAAUGUACAAGCUGAGUUGCUAUUGUUGGCAAAUUGUUGCCUGGGUAUAAAGAAUUGACUGUUGGUUAAA